UUUGUUUCUCUCAAGUCACAACCUGAAAGAAACUUCAUGUGGGUAAUUCUGUGUUGAGAAAAUAAGCAAGAAUGCGCUGAGGACGGGACUGCUCGUCAAAAACCGCUGUAAUAUAGACCUACUGCCUGUUGGUGGUAAGAUUUUAAAGUUUUUGCCUUCGGUGAUGUGACUUGAAGAAGGACUAUGAGCGCAAACGACAUUCUCGAGAUGGACUCCGUUUCCGAAACAGAGGAGAUGGAGGGUGAUGCUGAACUGGACAUGAUAAACGAAGAAGUUGUUUAUCCUGAGGAGUUUUUACCAACAUAUCAUAGCAUUAAAGAAGGAACCAGAAUAACCAAAACACAACAGGCAGAGUUUAACAACAAACCCGACUCCUUAUUCUUCAAUGAUGGUGUGAGGCGGAUCGAUUUCAUCCUGGUUUAUGAAGAUGAGGAUAAGAAGGAGUUUGAGAAGAGGCACACGUUCCAGCGACGCAAGAGACGGCGAGAGUACUUUGAGGCCAGCUUGAUGAAGAUGGGAAUGGAGCUGGAGGCCACACAAUCUGUGGUAGAUGACAAACUAAUGUUCGUCAAGGUCCACAUGCCAUGGGAGGUGCUGUGCACCUACGCCGAGGUCCUGCACAUCAAGCUCCCUAUCCAGCCCAAUGACCUGUCCUCCCGCCCCUCCCCAUGGCGCUUCCUCUCCUGCAUCACCAAGCACUUCUACCCCAACGAGGAGCUGAUCAGCAAGGAGACCGAGUUCUUCACUGCCCCCUUUGAGAAAGACCGUGUGGAGUACUUCUACAUAAAGGACAGGGAUGUCUUCUUCACUCCGUCCAUGAGAAGCAGGAUGGCAUAUUACAUCCUGAGCCGUGCCCCCUAUGAUGUAAGAGGAAAUAUAAAGAAGUUUGGCAUCACCAAACUGCUGGACAGUGGAGUGUACAAAGCUGCCUAUCCCCUCCAUGACUGCAGGUUCAACGUCAGGUCCACAGAAGCAGGCUGCCCCAACGAGAGAUUUCUGCUCUAUCAAGAAUGGGCUCAUCCCAAAAGCUUCUACAAGAUGCAGCCACUCGACCUAAUAAGGAAGUAUUAUGGGGAGAAGAUUGGCAUUUACUUUGCCUGGUUGGGUUUCUACACACUCAUGCUCGCUCUGGCUGCUGUUGUGGGACUGGGUUGCUUCAUUUAUGGAUACAAGACUCAAGAAACCAGCACCUGGAGCAAAGAGGUGUGCGACCCUAACAUUGGAGGAAAAAUUGUGAUGUGUCCACAGUGUGACAAGUUCUGCAAUUACUGGAGGUUAAACAGCACUUGUGAGUCUUCAAAAAAACUUUGUAUAUUCGAUAACUUUGGAACCCUGGUGUUUUCGGUUUUCAUGUCAGUCUGGGUAACUUUGUUCCUGGAGUUUUGGAAGCGUUACCAGGCAGAGCUGGAGUACGAGUGGGACACUGUGGAAUUUCUCGAGCAGGAAGAGCCACCUCGCCCGGAGUACGAGGCCAAGUGUAUCCAUGAGAGGAAAAAUCCGGUCACAGGGGUAAAAGAAAAAGUGCCCUAUACAACCUGUGGACGAUGUGUUCGGGUGUCGAUAGGAAUUGGGACAGUCCUAUUCUGGAUUAUGUUGAUCCUGGCAUCCAUUGUGGCCGUCACUGUCUACCGCCUGGCUGUCUUUUUUACCUUCUCAACUAGACUCAGAAGUCAGAAGCUGGAGCCAAUAAAGGAGUAUGUGACACCUCAAAUGGCCACUUCUGUCACAGCUUCCCUCAUCAGCUUUGUUGUAAUUAUGAUCCUCAAUAUCCUCUAUGAACGCGUCGCCAUUUGGAUCACUGACUUUGAACUUCCACGGACCAAGACGGACUAUGAGAACAGCUUAACCCUGAAGAUGUUCCUCUUUCAGUUUGUCAACUAUUACUCCUCCUGUUUCUACAUCGCCUUUUUCAAAGGGAAAGUGGUUAGCUAUCCUGGGCAGCCUGUUUAUCUGUUGGGAAAAUACCGUAAUGAGGAGUGUGAUCCUGGUGGUUGUCUGUUUGAGCUGACAACUCAGCUCUCUAUCAUCAUGGGUGGAAAAGCCAUCUGGAACAACAUCCAAGAGGUCUUGCUACCGUGGGUGAAGAAUUUGAUUUCCCGCUACUGCACCCGUGUGGCCUCCGAGAAGGUGAUUCCUCGCUGGGAGCAGGACUACCAGCUCCAGCCUGUUUCAAAACUAGGACUGUUCUAUGAAUAUCUAGAAAUGGUCAUCCAGUUUGGCUUUGUGACCUUGUUCGUGGCUUCCUUCCCUCUGGCUCCGGUCCUGGCUCUGGUCAACAAUCUGUUUGAGAUUCGGGUUGAUGCUUGGAAAAUCACCACUCAGUUUCGCCGCAUCUUGCCAGAGAAGGCCCAGGAUAUAGGUGCCUGGCAGCCCAUUCUUCAGGGCAUCGCCAUCUUGGCUGUUGCAACAAAUGCCAUGAUCAUUGCGUUUACAUCGGACAUGAUUCCACGACUGGUUUACUACUGGUCUUUCUCUGUGUAUCCAUAUGGAGAUUACUCCAGUAACACCAUGGAGGGCUAUAUCAACAGCUCGCUGUCUGUGUUCAACGUCAACGAUUUCUCCAACUCUAGCACGCCUGCUCUAGGAAACAGCACAGUCACCACCUGCAGGUAUCGAGAUUUUCGGUAUCCUCCGGGGCACCCCAGACAGUAUGAGCACAAUGUCUACUACUGGCAUGUGAUUGCAGCAAAAAUGGCUUUUAUAAUUGUUGUAGAGCACAUUAUUUACUUUACCAAGUUCAUCCUGUCCUACGUGAUCCCAGACGUCCCGUACGCUGUCAAAGAGCAGAUCAAACGAGAGAAGUACUUGACUCAGGUUAUCCUCCAUGAGACCAGCCUCAAGCUGGUGACCAAACGUUUGAAACCAUACGACGAGGAGACUCACACAGAGCUGACAGGGGCAAAGGAGGAGCUGGAGCUUGAUUUUUGACGUGACUACCCAGCACCUACCCUUGGCUGUUUGAAAACUGACCAGCACGUUGUGAACCAGUGACAACAUUAAAACCCAAAACAAGUUAUGGACUUUCAUUAUGGAAAAGCAACCAGUGAGACAGAAGACAUCUGAAGUUCCUAAGAGGCUGUUGGACAAAUAAAGGAGAAACCACUGUUGUCUACUCUUCAUCCUUAAAUGACAGCUGACAGCGCUAGUGCAGAAACAAGGGGUAAGAGAAACAACUGACACAGCAACUUUUUGCACUUAUCAAUGCAUUGGCGCUUAAUGACUCUGAUUUGGGAGUCUGAUAACAAGCUAACAAAUCAUCUAUUUAGCUUUUAGGCACUAGAACUCAAACAUUAACAUAAAACAUUUGAUAGAUUAAACCUGGAAAAACACAAAACAAUCUCAAUUCAAUGCCCACUUACUAGUUUUAGACCAUAACUUUGAGUUUUUUAAUGUAUAUUUUUACCCCAAAGUGUCUUUCAGUUUUAUGACCAGAUAAAAUUAUCAGCCCGUAGCACUGGCACUGUUUGUGUCUCACUCCGUCCAUUGAGCAGCAGGUCGGGGGCUCAAAGCUUUCACACAGACAAUCCGCUGCUGGGUAAGUGCCACUGCUUGGUGAUUGUUUUAGUUAAAUACUGUUCUAAAAUAUCACUAUUAUUAUAUACAAAAUAGGGUAAACUUUUAAAUGCAAUGUUUAUAAUGAAGUGUUUUUUAUUUACUUCCUCCUCUGUUACUAAAUUUAAAGAGCUCACAAUGGUACCAAAGUUGUAAUACACAUGCUGUCAAAAAAGACAUUGACUGCAACUUUUGAUUAAAUGUGCCUUAGACACAUUCUUUGUAAGCUUUAGAAACUUUUCACUUUCAGUUCAGUUGAUUCAGGAGGUCAAACCUAUUUGACAAAUCAAAACAAAAAGCAGAUGACAUGUUAAAGGUUUGAUGAAUACAAGUUUACUGGUACACAAGGAUAGUUUCAUCUUUACUCCUAAUGCUGUUCAGUUUAGCCUGUAUUUUUGUUUAAAUGAAAUGAUCACAGCCAUGUGAAGUGGUUUAGCAGAUGAUGUGAGUAUAGUCUGUCUCUCUCUUUAUGCAUGUAAUCACAUCUACUGUUCUGUUUUGCACUUUUUUGAGUUCCAGUCCUGUGCCAUGACCACUGUGUUGCACAACAUUUUGACUGCAUGUCAUAUCCUGUGAUAUGGGCAAUGCAGCAAUUUAUUGCCUAUAUCGUGGAUUUAUCUUCUCCUGUGUCAUUGUUGGUAUCUUAGACAAAUACCUCUGCUGUAUUAUUGCCUCGACUUGUGAUUUCAACAAUGGUACUAUGACCACCAUGUAUGUAAACAGUAUCACAUACCAGAAGUAUCUGACAAUCUCAUAUCUCUGUUGUUUUCUUUGUUUUUUACAGUGCCAUUAAAUUGUUUUAUAAUAAAGGG